GGCGCUGGCGCGGGGGAGCCGUCGAGGGCUCCGGCCGGGAGAGCCGCAGGCGGCGCAGCGAUAGCCAGCCGGGGAAGGGACGCUUGAUGGGGAGGCCGGCGGGGACGGGCGGAUGGAGGGCGGGCGUGACGCGCGUCGGAGCCCUCUAACGCCGCGCCUGUCGUCGGGAGGCAGCAGGUAGAGCGCAGGAAGAAGGCGAUGGGAUAAAGCGGAGAGGCUGCGCCCCGGGGAAAGCGACGCCGCGCACGUCGGACGGAGAAGCCGUCCCUCGCCCCGCUUUCUCUCCCCAUCCAUCUGUCCGCACGCCGCCCUCCCUCCGGCCCGCCGCUCUCCGAAGUUGCUCCCAGAUGUCGGGACGGGCGGUGCGCGCCGAGACACGCAGCCGGGCCAAGGAUGACAUCAAGAAAGUGAUGGCGGCCAUCGAACACGUCCGCAGAUGGGAAAAACGGUGGGUUACUGUGGGGGACACGUCCUUACGGAUCUACAAGUGGGUGCCCAUUGUGGACCCCCGGGAUGAGGAGAAACGGCGCUUGGCAAGCCACAGUGAGCAGCAGAGGACCAAAGAAAGGCGAGGCCGGAUCCCCAGUCUGCGGAACAACCCUGCCCUGCUCAUGCUGGACCUCAACGACGACAACAGCAACCAGAGUUCGCUUUCGGAGACCUCCCUCGUGAAAGGGGGAGACAACAGCCCCAGCCCCACCUUGGACCGCAGCGAGACGGUCACCCCCACCCCUUUGGGGGAGCUGAAGGCGGAGGACUCCCAGCCCCCCUUGCUGGGGCAGGAAGGAGAUCCUGGGGUGCUGCUUCUGGAGGGAACAGACGAGCCCCCCAUGCUCACUAAAGAAGAGCCCGAUCCCAAGACAUCGGACACCCCGGCAAAGGACGCGGGAGGCUCCUUUGAGCCCACAGUAGCCUCUGAGAAGCCGAUACCGGAGGCUGAAGAGCUGCCGUUGCUGGGGGCGCCACCGCUGAAACGUGUCCGCACUGAGCCCCAAGAAUCCGAGCCUGGCCAGCCCUCGGAGGCCUAAGCACAGGCCCGCUUCGACCCUUUUCCAUCUCUUUGGACAGUAUGUGUAUGUCUGUGGAGAACUUUCUGGAAAUGAAUGUAUUAGGUCAGUAUUAGGUUAAAAAAAAAUCCGCCACUUGUGAACCAUUCCCAUUCCCCUGUGCCUGUUGCCCCCUGGUGGAAGCAUACUGUGAGCUCACGACAGUUGUAGGUAAAGAAACAUGGCGGCAUUCGUGGACGCUGGAAGACACACCAUGGUUGCUUAUGAAUGGAAGCCAUUUUUUAAAAAAUGCUGGGCAUGCGUGAUUUAAAAGGAAAAGCACAGAUGGUAACAGAACGUCGGCAGAAACCGUGUAGGUCCGAUGCAGAUGAGAGGGAAGGAGGAAGUCCUCCUUGGGAACAGUGCCUUCCCGAUCCCUCUAGGCCGCCUUUAAAGGAACUAAGAAUCACACCGUGUGCGGUGGGGUGGCAUUUAUAAGCACACUUGCCAGAAGGCAAAACGCCAAUUGGACGGUUAAAAGAAAAAGUAUUAGGAAAGUUACAGGGUUCCCAGUGAAUCAAAAGUGGAGCAGGCAUCCAGUAACUGAAAGCAAAGCAGCGCUUUCAUGUGCCCUCUGAUCCACAUCUUAUAAAAUAUACUGACUGACAGUGUUUGCAUACUUUUGUAUAAUUGUAUGGCUUCGGUGAUUCAGAGGGAGGGAGGGGAACAUGGAGAUCUUUGAGCAGUUUGCUUCGGAGACGUGAGAGCUAGAAACCUGAUACGGCUAUGGCAGUGAUGGCGAACCUUUUAGAGACCGGGUGCCCAAACUGCGACCCAAAACCCACUUAUU